AUGACCGACCCCGUCGCAAACACUCCAGAUGAUGGUAGUGAUUUCUAUAAUACUCCUGUAAACCCUGGAACUCCCAUAACAGGCACUCAAACUUCUUUACCUGCAACACAACCGGCUGUCUCUUCGAAAAUGGCCCCGAUAAUCCCAGGACUCGGUCUUGUCGGCCCAAACGACCAAUAUGCGAGAGAGCAGCCAGCGCAAACCACUACAAUUAAGCAAGAACCGGACGCGAUAGUUUCCAAUGAGGAACAUGGCACAGAUCUCAAGAUGAAGGAAACUGGUACAGAAAUAAAGAUGGAGGACCUGGGAGAAGCGGUUACGCAACAGCUGAGCGAGACGACAAUCAAGCAAGAACGCGGCACUGAGCAAGGCGAAGCAAUGGAGAUCGAUCAGAACACUACCGAGGCUAAAAAUGUGAAAGUUGCAGACGGAGUACCGGCUGAACAAGAUGGCGUUGAAAUCAAGGAAGAAGAACACCCAGAAUGGGAGGUUGACUCCUCUCCCUACGAAUCAUCUUCCGACAGCUCGAGUUCAUCCGAUUCAGAUGACAGUGACGAUGAAGAUUACCCAAUUCUCAGCCCUGAGGAGCAGGCACGUAUUCUCAUGAUGGCUGAAGCUGGCUCUGACGACGAAGGUGACAGCAAGGGCAAAACUGGCGGACAAAUUCGUUCAGCUCACGAGGUUGACGAGGUUUUGCCAAUCCCAGACGUCAAAAUAACACCUGAAAUGGAAGUCGUAUACCUGGGAAAGGUUCAAGCGGCCAUUGAUAAUGCGGUUCUUAUCGAGGCGAAUACCUCGGGUGAAUAUCAGGUUCUCGAGUCUGGCUCUUUACUCUGUACUGCGGAGCGCCAGCUCCUGGGUGUUGUGGCGGAGACUCUUGGACGAGUAGAGAAUCCAUUGUAUACACUCAUGUAUGCGACCGCUGAAGAGGCUCAGGAGAAGGGUGUGGUUAAAGACCUACCUGUUUACUACGUUGUGAAGCACUCUACAUUUGUCUUUACUCAGCCGCUGAAGGGUCUUAAGGGAAGCGAUGCCUCAAACUUCCAUGACGAGGAAGUUGCUGAAGACGAAAUCGAAUUCUCUGAUGAUGAAGCUGAGGCUGACUACAGAAAGAAGUUGAAGCAGAAGCGACAGGAAAGAAAAGAAGCUAAAGACGGUGCCUUGAAAAAGCGAGGACCCGCCGGACCCUCCAAGCUUGGCCACAAUGAACUCAACUACGAUGAGGAAGCUGGACAGGAUGGAUACACGCCUCUUUCACGCCCGACUAAUCUCCAUGAGAUGAUGGGCGUGCGCGAGGCACCAGUUGAAGGGUCUGACCGGACUCCCAGCUUCCGUGGUGGAAGAGGUCGUGGUCGGGGUUCUGAUCGUGGCCGAGGUGGACGCGGUAGAGGAAGCGGUGGACGAGGAGGGGCAUGGGAGCGAGACCAGGAGCGUCGAUCUCACCCUCAACAAGGAGGCAACUCAUCAUAUGGACAGCCAGCCGCGGCUCCUCAACCCCAGCCUGCAGAAUACUCUCAGCAUCCUUGGAUGCAAGGACAGCAACAACAGCCCGAUCAGGCUAUGCCUCAGAAUUUUGCUGGUUACCAGCAGUUUGCGCCGCAGCAGCAGAUGCAGUAUCCCCAGGGACAAUUCCCAUUUCAAUUUCCCUUUCAGCAAGGGUUUGUGCAGCCAUUCCAGCCCAUUCCAACGGGUGCUCAUAUCAACCCUCUUUUCCUGGCUGCACUACAACAACAACAGCAGCAGCAGCAACCUGGACAAUCGCAACCUUUGCAACCUCUUCAACAGCAACAGUUCGACCAGGUUAAAGCCCAGCUGGAUCUUCUACGGAGCUUGAGCAAUGGAAACCAGGGGCCUCCACCUUCUUAA